GACGGAGCGAGACAGAGCAUGAGCAGGGGAGGGGCAGAGACACAGGGAGACACAGAAUCCGAAGCAGCUCCAGGCUCCCAGCUGACAGCACACAGCCUGACGCGGGGGCUCAAACUCAGGAACUGCGAGAUCGUGACCUGAGCCCCCCAGGCGCCCCACAUCUGUGCUUUUUAAAGCCAAAUUAUUGGGACGCAGGAUGAAGUCAGUGUUAGUUCCCACCGAGAGAGUAAAAAUCUGUUGGCUGGUCUGCAGGCUAGGAUAGCACAGAUGAAGCCGGCUGCAGAGUUAAUAGGAAAUUUAUUUCUCCCGGGGACCUGGUGCGGUUGUGAAAUGUCAUCGUGACUCCCUCGGCAGUCUCCUGCUUUCUGAUUCACCGAGAAGCCUCGAUCUAGAAAAUUACAGACUACGAGACGCUUUCCUGUUUGAAACGUUAUCAGAUGUUCCAGUGGAAUGCUUCUUUGUGAAGUGCGACGGAUUGCUCACGGACACCAGUGACAGAGUGCGGCAUGGCGCCGUCUAUAGUCUGGAACCCAGGCUCCGCGGUGGCAAAGGAGUUCUUCAUCCGGGAAUCUUGGGAUCUGUGGCACUGGGCAAAGCCCUCCGAAGAGCCCCAGUGGCGUGGAUGCAGUGUUGCGGAGAUCCAAAGGAAGGGCGAAGGGUUUGGAUCUAUGCUCCGCGCGCUUGGUGCUCAGAUUGAGAAGACGACCAACCGAGAGGCUUGCCGGGACCUCAGCGGGCGGAGGCUGCGAGAUGUCAACCACGAGAAAGCGAUGGCCGAGUGGGUGAAACAGCAGGCCGAGCGAGAGGCUGAAAAGGAGCAGAAGCGUCUGGAGCGGCUACGGCGGAAGCUGACGGAGCCCAGACCCUGCUCGGCCAACCCCGCCUACCAGCGGCAGUGCCACGAGAUGGCCGAGCGCCUGGAGGACUCGGUCCUCAAAGGUAUGCAGGCUGCUUCCAGCAAGGUGGUGUCGGCAGAAAUUGGGGAGAGUCGGAAACGACCCAACAAAUCAAAAACGGACAGAGGAGCCAGUUCAGGGAAGAGGAAAUGCUUUUGGUUGGGCACGGAAGGACUAGAGACCGUGGAGGAGUCCAGCUCAGAGACCUCGGAUGGCGACGGGGAAGAAGCUCCCGGCACUUCAGGAGUGAGCUUCCACACUCCCAGAAGCGGCGAUGGCGCUGAGGCGGCAGCCGAAUCUGCCGGCAGCUGUCCGAGGGCGGGCGUGCAGGCUGCGGACUCUAGGCCCCCGGAGCUGCCGCAGGCGCCCGGGCCAGGCUCUGGGUGUGCGGUCUCCGCAGACGCCGGGCCGGGCCGGACCUCCGCCGGGGGGCGCGAGCAGGGGACCGUGGCCGUGGAAACAGAGAAGAGCCUGGAGCAGGGAGGGGCCGGGGGCGAGGAGCCCGCAGAAGAGGGGGCGGCCGGGGCAGGACCGACCGAAGAGACACAGACACAGACACAGGAGGCGACUGACCCAGCUGCCGAGAUAGCGCCCGGAGAGUGCGGGGGAAGCGCGCCCGUGACCAAACCGGAGGACGGCUGGUCAGGAAACACGGAUACUGGUCUGGCAACUCUAGAUUUGCUGGCAUUCACCUCCGCGGCGGAAAUGGAGGCGCUGGGCUUGGACAGGCUCAAGAGUGAACUGACGGCCCGGGGGCUGAAAUGUGGGGGCACCCUGCGGGAGCGGGCCGCCAGGCUCUUUUCUGUCCGCGGCCUGGCCAGGGAACAGAUGGACCCCGCUCUGUUCGCCAGGCCGCCGAGGGGGAAGAAGAAAUGAAUGGCCCUGGCCGAUUUCCUCCUCCUGUAUCGUCUGGCGUUUCUAACCUGCAUAGUGGUGGCUCUUGGCCAUUCUUCCUGUUGAUAUUAAAGCUGACUUUUUAAUAACCCA